AUGCCGUCGGCGAUGGCGGCCUCGGACCUGUCCACGAACCUGAGCGACACGGACGACUGCCCCCAGGUCGCCCCCGAACUCCUGCACAACCUCAAGCACGACAGCUCCGUCCUUGCCCUCGCCGUCAGCGCCGAGAACGAACGCAUAUACGCCGGCACCCAGGAUGGCGAGAUCGUCGUAUGGUCGCUGGCCACCUUCCACCAGGAGCGCAUCGUCCAGGCCCACAAGCGGAGUGUGCUGAGCCUGUUCCUGACCCCCGACGGCUCCAUGCUGUUCUCGAGUGCGGGCGAUCCGAUCAUCAAUGUCUGGUGCCCGAAGACGAUGAAGCGGCUGUACGAGAUCUACAGCACCUACGACGUUGGCGACAUCUUCUCGGUGGCGUACAGCGCCCAGCACGAGACGGUCUAUGUUGGUGCGCAGAACACCUCGAUUCAAUGGGUCAGCCUCACAGAUCCGAACAACCGCGUGACCCACGACUCCUCGCAGCAUCCCGACCGACGCAAUCACCGAUUCUUUGACUCGAGGGCGGUGGGAGGAACAUCGACGCCGCGCCGCAACGACGAGAGAUGGAGUCUGAUCCCACGGUCCGAGAAGGUGGUAGAGAUACACCCAGGAGCUUUGCAGAUGUUUGCACACUACGGCUACGUCUACUCGAUGCUCAUGGCCAAAGGGCCGACGGUUCUCGUGGAGCCCGAAGAGGAAGUGCUUAUUUCUGGCGGAGGUGACGGCACUAUCAAGCUGUGGAAGCUGGGUGCCGAGGGAGACGACCAGGCGGCGGAGAAUGACCGUGAGCCGGGCCUGCAAGAGCUUAUGUCCCUUGGUGCCGAUGAUGCAGAAUCCGUCAUGUCUCUUGCCAUUGACGGAUCGUUCUUGUACGCCGGCAAGCUCCAGGGGGUUAUCGAGCUAUGGGACCUGGACACAAAGUCGAAGUUGAGGGUGAUCAAGGGCCAUAGAGGAGACGUGAUGACCCUGCAAAUGGGCUGGGGUUACCUUUUGAGUGCCUCGCGAUCAGGCUCCGCGAGUAAACACACAACUGCUCACUAUGGAAAAUACCAAGACAAACAGGCUGCUAAUGUUAGCCAAAAGUAUCAGUGUGUCGCACGCUGGAAGGCCCACGAGGGCAAGGUCCUAUCAUCAGCCGUGACAACCUACAAUAACAGGCAAUACUAUAUCACUGGUGCCAAUGACGAUGAUGUUGCCAUCUGGCACAUUGAUUGCUCAUCCUACGAGGAGCAGAAGGAGGUGGAAGAAGCCGACGACGUUAUGAUCAAAACUCUUGGAGAGUUUGUUUCCUAUCGGACUGUAUCGUCACGCCCCGAGUUCGCUGAAGAUUGCCGACGAGGCGCGACGUUCCUCGGAUCAUUGUUCAAGAGACUCGGUGGCCACGUCGAGAUGCUGAGCACGGAAAGCAGCCCUCACAACCCAGUCGUUCUAGCCAAGUUCGACGGCACACUGGAACCGGCCGAAAAGCGGAAGAAGAUUCUCUUCUACGGCCAUUACGACGUUGUGCCUGCCGACACGAAGAAGGGGAAGUGGGAAACCGAUCCCUUCCAGAUGAAGGGCAUCAAUGGUUACUUGUACGGCAGAGGUGUCAGUGAUAACAAAGGCCCGAUCAUGGCCGCUUUAUAUGCGGUGACGGAUCUACUACAGGCGAAAAGGCUCGCCAACGACAUCAUCUUUCUGAUUGAAGGCGAGGAGGAGUCAGCUUCUCGCGGGUUCAGGGAGAUCGUUCGCAAGAACAAGGACCUGAUUGGAGACGUUGACUACAUUCUUAUUGCCAACAGUUACUGGCUCGACGACGAGGUCCCGUGUCUCACUUACGGCCUGCGCGGUGUUCUGCACGCCACCGUCUGUGUAGACUCCCAUCUGCCCGACCAGCACUCCGGUGUAGAUGGCUCUUACAUGAACGAUGAGCCUCUAUCCGAUCUCACCUCUACGCUAUCCAAACUCAAGGGCCCUGGCAACAAGGUUCUCAUUCCCGGAUUUUACGAUAACGUCCUCCCAGUCACGGCUGAAGAGGAGACGCGCUACGACGAUAUCGCGUCAACGCUCAUGCGGCAGAACCCAGAAAAGGGACCCGCCGAUAAGCUCAAGGCCGCGUUGAUGGCCCGCUGGAGAGAACCGAACCUGACGAUUCACCGAUACAAGGUCUCGGGACCGGACGGCAGCCUGGUCAGCAGCCACGCGAGUGCUAAUAUCAGCUUGCGUCUGGUGCCGGGUCAGGAGGUCAACGACGUCAUCUCAGCCCUGAAUUCGUAUCUCGAGAACGAGUUCGCGACGCUCGAGUCAAAGAACUCGCUUAGCAUCAAGGUGGACAACAAAGCCGAGCCCUGGCUGGGCGACCCUACCAACGCCAUCUUCCAGACGCUGGAGGAGUCUAUCGUGCAGGCUUGGUCUUCUGUAGUCGAGGGCAAAGAUGCCGUCGAUGAUGAUGCCGAGGGGACAGCAGAAUCAAAGGAAAAGAAGCCUCGGAAGCCGCUGUACAUUCGCGAGGGCGGUUCCAUCCCGGCGAUUCGAUUCCUUGAGAAGGAGUUCAGUGCCCCUGCUGCGCACCUUCCCUGCGGACAGUCGAGCGACUCGGCUCAUUUGGAUAAUGAGCGGUUAAGAGUGUUGAAUUUGCUGAAGAGCAGGGAGAUUAUCGGGUCGUUGUUCGCCCGUUUGUAA